AUGUAUACAAAGGUCAUUUCACUCAUUAUUCAAAAUUAUAUGAUCCUUAGAGCUUUAUUUCCUCCAAGAUCACAUUUAAACAAAUUAGAUACCAAGAAAUUUUUAUCAGAAGGGUUACCUGGAUUAUAUUUGUCUUUUAUUCUUCCUGGAUUUUUUGUUUUUUUCAGUAUAACUCUAUCAUCACUUUAUAUUUAUAUCAUGUAUCAACAAGAAAUUGGUUCAAUUCCAAUUUUACAUCAAUUUUCCGAUUGGAGUUUAUUGGAAAUCAUUUGUUUUUUAUGUAGCAUUGGAGGGUCUUUAUUAAGAUUAUGGUGCUUUGAUUCUUUAAAGGAAUAUUUUUCCUUUGCUACCAUUAAAAAAGAUCAUAAAUUGAUCACUACAGGCCCGUAUUCUUUAUUAAUUCAUCCUUCGUAUACGGGUACUGCGUUGAUGUCAAUUAAUCUUUUUUUGUUAUAUUGUCAAUUAUGUUCUAAUUAUGCUCCUAUUUAUUUGUCAUCUUAUUGGAGUGAAACCUUAUUAAGUUGGUGGCUCAUCGCUUUUCAAAUCACCUUUGCGGGUGUUAUGCAUUAUAAACGAAUUACUUGCGAAGAAGAAAUGAUGAAAAGGCAUUUCGAUAAAGAAUGGGAUGUUUAUUUAAGCAAAAGAAAAAGAUUUGUACCGAGAUUUUUCAUCGCUUCUUUUUUAGGAAUCUCCAUCAUGUUGUAUAUUAACCCUUCAUUCUUCAAGAAGACAGGAUAUACCAUGCUUCUACAAGUUGACACGUUGUCUAUUCCAAGCAUGGUAGUUAAUGAUGUUCGAUCGCGUUUUGCACAUUUUACAACGCCACAACAUUCACUCUCCUGGUAA